GUAAAUACAAAUUUCAGAAAUGUAUUUGCCACUUUCCAGAAAGCACUGCAUCAAUAUCCAGUUUGGGUAAAGUCUAAUCAGGGAAUCAUCAUGGAAGCUAGUUUCUUCCUACUUUUUCUGCUGGCUUUCUGCUCUUCUAUACCCAAGAUAUUUUCUUCUCCAACAACAGACAUAAUCACUACAAAUCAAUUCAUCACAGAUGGUGAAACUAUUGUUUCAUCCGGUGGAACCUUUGAGCUGGGAUUUUUCAACCCCAGCGGUUCCUCAAAUCGAUAUAUUGGGAUAUGGUACAAGCCAAUUCUUCCUUAUGGCCAAACAGUUGUAUGGGUUGCCAACAGAGAAAAACCACUCACAAAUACAUCUUCUGCUGUUUUGAAGGUCACUACGCCGGGAAUACUAGCUCUUCUCAAUGAGAAGAAUGAAAUUAUAUGGUCCACCAACACCUCAAGAUCAGUUCAAAAUCCAAUUGCACUGCUUUUAGAUUCUGGCAAUCUUGUUGUAAAAGAUGCAAACGAUGGCAACUCAGAAAAUUUGCUUUGGCAGAGCUUCAAUAUUCCGACUGAUACAUUCAUGCCUGGUAUGAAGCUCGGCAAGAAUUUCCAAACUGGCCAUGAGGUUUACCUUUCAGCAUGGAAGAACGAUAAUGAUCCAGCUCCAGGCGAAUUCACUCGUAGCAUUGAUCCUACUGGAUAUCCACAGGCCCUCACCAAACGUGGCACAAGUGUAUGGGCUCGUAUAGGACCAUGGAAUGGUAUACGAUUUAGUGGGUCACCUAUAUCACUACUAGAAUGCUGCCAUUUUCACAUUAUUUUCAAUGAAGAGGAGGUUUACUAUAGCUUUUCACUCAUUAAUUACAGCUCGGCUUUAACAAGAACAGUCCUGACUAGCAACGGUGAUAUACAACGCUUUAUGUGGGUGGAUCAGGCAAAGAAAUGGCAUACUCACUUCAAGUUACCUGCGGAUAAUUGUGACACAUAUAGUUUGUGUGGUGUGUAUGGGAGCUGUGAUAUAAAUAGUGAACCUAUUUGUGGAUGUUUGGAGAAGUUUGUAGCUAAACAUCCACAACAAUGGGAAAAGGGAGAUUGGACAGGAGGGUGUGUUCGGAGGACACCCUUAGAUUGCAACAAGGAACAUGUAUUUCUAAAAUAUUCUGGAAUCAAGUUGCCGGAUACUAGGCACUCUCAGUACGAUAAAACCAUGACACUCGAAGAGUGUAGGCAAGUAUGCUCCAAGAACUGCUCCUGCACAGCUUAUUCAAGUCUAAAUAUAAGCAAUGGAGACAAAGGUUGCUUGUUUUGGAUUGGGGAAUUGAUUGACAUAAGAAAGCUGUCUGAAAGAGGACAAGACAUUUUCAUCAGGAUGGAUUCUUCAGAGCAAGAAUCUGAGGCAGGUUCAAACAGAAAGAAGACAGAGAUACUCGCAAUGAGUUUCUCAUUGUUGAUGGCAAUGAUUCUGCUAGGAAUGAUUUUGUUUUUGUACAUAUGGAAAAAGAAGAAGAAACUAAAACUCCAAGACGAAUUUGAGCUGCCAAUGUUCCAAUUGUCGACAAUAACAAGAGCCACAAAUAACUUUUCGGUCAACAACAAAAUUGGAGAGGGUGGAUUUGGACCUGUUUAUAAGGGAGUGCUGGAAGAGGGACAAGAAAUUGCUGUGAAGAGACUUUCAAGGACAUCCAUGCAAGGACUCAAUGAAUUCAAGAACGAAGUUAUAUAUAUUGCCAAGCUUCAGCAUCGGAAUCUUGUGAGACUUCUGGGUUGCUGUCUUCAAGGGGAAGAAAAGAUGUUAAUCUACGAAUACAUGCCUAACAAAAGCCUAGAUUCAUACAUAUUUGGUUUGGAUUUCUAA